CCGUCAGAUGUAUCUCUAUUUGCUAUGAUUAUACAUAUAUAUAUAUUUUUUUUUUAUUCUCAUUCGUUUCAUUGAUUUUCUCGUCCUUCGUGUGUAAAAGUGUGGCUAUUGGAGUUUUCUGGAUUAGUACAAGGACAACCCUUGAAUAUUCCUCGGUAAAUUUUAACCCAACGAAAUGACAAUGUUUUUUUUUUUUUUAUUUACCUUUGCAACACGUAUACAAUGAGAUAUCAAUAAUAACGUUGUUGCUGGUACCAUCAGUGUUACUGUUAUUAUUUUUUAUUAUUUUUUUAAUCAGUAAUUCAACAUCAAGGAUAUUACUAUACAAUCACUCGCAGAUGAACCUUUUUAUUAACUUUCAUACAAAACGUACCCUCCCCCCUCUACACCCCCCACACUGCAUGGAAAUAAUCGAUAGCGUAUCAAAGGGUUGUCAUAGACGAAAAAAAAGAAAAAAAAAUUGGCCCAUGAAACAUACUUGUAAACUAAUAUUGAGAACAUAAUAUAUGUAUAUAUGCGAGGGAGAGUUUUGCCUUGUCGAGGUGCGCGCGUGCGCGACCGAUUCAUCCCCCUUUUGGGAUAUAUAGGUACACACAUGCCUAUACAUAAACCCCAUGAUAUGAGUGGUAUAGGAUACGUGAUUUAUUCGCACCAGUCGAGUGUUAUCGUGUCGUCGGCCCCGAUCGAUUCUCGGUUUGAAUCUUAGGCCCAUUUUUGUCGGGAUUUUAUGGUUUUUCCUUGUUUUGUGCAAACAUACAUACGAAAGGAAAAAAAAAAAAAAAAAAAACGCGUCUAUGUAGGAAAUAAGGGUAAACUCAAUGUCUUGCGCCACGUUUCAGCAUAUGUUUUGCCAUCCAAGUGCUUGAUUACCGUCGUUGUUUUCCUGAUUAAACGCGUAUUGUAAAUUUCAACCCAAAAAGGUACACUUUUCUCUUCAAUCGCAAAAGAUACCGCAACAAUCGCCCCCUCCCCAAGUUGUUCGAUCGCGGGAUUAAACACCAGAGCUCUUUCAUACAGCGCGUCGACAUACAGAGAGAGACAAAAGCACACAGAGGAUGAUCAAAAUAACCGAGGAACUGAGUGGACUCGUUCAGAGCAAAUUCAGCGCCACGGAAGCCAAAGUACUCACAAUGUCCCAGGACAAAUAUCCAAAGUCGUUGAAAAAGAAGCGGCUCGUGGUUCUGCUGCGCAAAGACUCGACCCACGCCCUGGUAACUCUGACGACAUCGGAAUCGGCGCCUCGAUUCAGCAGCGAUCUCGACAUCGAGGAGGUGCUGCCGAUCGAACGAGGCUUCGAGUGCACCACAAACAGAGCCGAGGAGUUCAAGGAAUUGUCGGACGUGUUUUUCAAAGUCACGUGCAGACGGGCCAAGAGGCUCUUCCAAAUGGCACCCUCCGCCAGGACCACCGAUUUCCAAUCCGAGGUCUUUCGCGCGAUCGACACGUACCAGCGAAAGCAGAAUCCAGCCUCGGACUACCGUUGGAUCGCGAGGAUAGCCGGUAAGAUUCCCAGCAUCGAUCGGAUCGUCCUGAACCGGAUGAAUCGCAAGAGGGACGAGUACACGUACAAAAAAACCUUGAGGUUGUUCAUCGGCACUUGGAACGUGAACGGCCAGUCCCCGGAGGGUUUGACGGUGGAGGGUUGGUUGCGCGCCGAAGACGAGUCGCCCGACAUCUACGCCAUCGGCUUUCAAGAACUUGAUCUCAGCACCGAGACGUUUUUACUGAACGAGACGAAGCGCGAGGACGAAUGGAUGGCCAUUUUGAGCAAGUCCCUGCAUCCAACUGGCGAUUACGAGCUCGUGGCUCAGGAGAGGCUGGUCGGACUGACCAUCUUUGUCUUUGCCAAGGCCAUGCAUGUACCCUACAUCAGGCACGUUGUCACCGACACCCUCGGCGUUGGUAUCAUGAAAAUCAUGGGUAAUAAAGGCGGAGUGGCCGUAAGCAUGAGCGUGCACGGAACGUCGAUUUGCUUCGUGAACACCCACUUGGCCGCGCACAUGGACGAGUGCGCGAGGCGGAACCAGGACUACGCGUGCAUCAGCGCGGACAUAAAAUUCGAGGACAGCCCUACGAAGAAGCUCGUUGAUCACGAACAAAUUUACUGGAUGGGCGAUCUGAAUUACCGGAUAGCCGAUCUUGAGGCGGACGAGGUGAAGCUGCUGAUAGACGCGCAAGAUUUCAAGUCGCUGCUGAUAAGGGACCAGCUGAACGAGCAGAGGAGGCUCGGCAAGGCGUUCGUGGGCUUUCAAGAGCAGGAUAUAUGCUUCAGGCCGACUUACAAGUACGACCCGGGUACCGAUGACUGGGACUCGAGCGAAAAACAGAGAGCCCCCGCCUGGUGCGAUCGGAUACUUUGGCGCGGUGAAUCGGUGCACCCGCUGGCCUAUCGCAGCCAUCCAGAGUUCAAGAUUUCCGAUCACAAGCCGAUCAGUGCGAUUUUCAACUCGGAAAUAACGAUAGUAGAUAAACACAAGUGCCACGUGGUUUACGAGGAAGUGGUCGCGAGGAUAAAGAAAAAGUAUUUCAUACCUAAGCCGAACUUCGAUCCAUUGGUGAUGAAUUCCGAAAACGUGUGCGCUUGGCCUUCUUGCGGUUUUUUGAAACAAAAGUACACGUCCGUGGUAACUGAAACCAUGCUGAUACAGGGCUGGAUGAAACCAAUGAGGCUUCUUGCUCUGGUCAACAAAGGCGCAACGAAUGCUCUAGUCAUUUUCAUAACUUCUAGAACACCGCCUUUGGUGUACAGCGAUCUUACCAUUGAAAAGGUCUUGCCCAUAGAUCAGGACUUCCAAUGUGACAUAAGUACGCCCGAAGAGAUGAAAGACCUGUCAGAUGUAUUCUUAAAUGUGACAUGCAGGAAGAACAAGACUGUCUUUCAGAUGAGGCCUGGUGUCACUACGACAAAUCUGGUUUCUAAUGUUUUUCAAGCAAUCGAAACUUAUCAAAAAAAUAGAAAUCCCUCAACGGAUUUUCUGUGGAUACAAAAGUUAAUAGGCAGUGUUCGUAACUUAGAUAUAAACAGCAGUGAUGAAGUACAAAAAGCCAGUGAACCAGUCAUCGAAAUCGACAGCCCAGAGCUAGUUACUUCAAGACGUAAUAUAGCUACUGGGAAAUCACCUAUAGCCACAAGAGAAUCAGUAGUACGUUACCAAAUGGCAUGUAAGGAAGAUGAUUAUACGUACACGAAAGUUUUCCGAAUAUUUAUUGGUACGUGGAACGUAAAUGGACAGCCCCCCAGUGGAAUAAACUUACAUCAGUGGUUGAGCAGUGACGAUGUGGCUCCUGAUAUUUAUGCCAUAGGUUUUCAAGAGUUGGAUUUGAGUAAAGAAGCUUUUCUUUUCAACGAUACACCUCGGGAGGACGAAUGGAGGCAAGUAGUUGCCAAGUCUCUUCAUCCAAAAGCUUCCUACGAACAAAUAGCUCUUGUAAGAUUAGUCGGUAUGAUGUUAAUAAUUUUCGCUAAAAAAUCACACUUGCCAGACAUAAAAAACGUUUGCGUUGAUACCGUGGGUACUGGCAUAAUGGGAAAAAUGGGUAACAAAGGUGGUGUCGCUGUAAGUUGCAAUAUACACAAUACAUCGGUAUGUUUCGUUAAUGCACACUUGGCUGCCCAUUGCGAGGAGUAUGAGAGGAGGAACCAGGAUUAUUCUGUGAUUUGUGGAAAAUUAACUUUUCAAACUUACCCUCUCAAAAGACUCAAAGAUCAUGAUCAAAUUUACUGGCUUGGCGAUUUAAACUAUCGCAUAACGGAGAUGGAUGCGGAAACCGCCAAACAACUAAUAGCUGCUGGAGAACUUGCGCCUGUUUUAAUGUUGGAUCAGUUGGAACAGCAAAGACGUCUCAAACGAGUAUUUGUUGGUUUUCACGAAGCAGAAAUAAAAUUUAAACCUACCUACAAGUAUGACCCAGGCACUGAUAAUUGGGAUUCAAGUGAAAAAGGAAGAGCUCCAGCUUGGUGUGAUCGCGUGCUCUGGAAAGGAGAAUCCAUGAAUUGUUUGGAUUACAGAAGUCAUCCAGAAUUAAAAAUAUCCGAUCACAAGCCUGUCAGCUCAAUAUUCGAUUCAAAGAUUCGAGUCAUAGAUUCGAUCAAAUAUCGUAAAAUUCACGAGGAUUUGAUGAAAAAAUUAGACAAAUUGGAGAACGAAUUUCUACCCCAAGUGACUGUUGACACAACAGAAAUAAUUUUCGAUACCCUUAAAUUUUAUGAGUCCUCUGUCAAAGAGCUCAUUGUUGCUAACACUGGCCAGGUGCCAGUAGAGUUUGAAUUUAUAAAGAAAUUAGACGAUACCUCUUAUUGCAAAGAAUGGCUGACAAUAACUCCUUACACAGAUUUCAUAGAGCCUGGUCAAAAAUGUGAUAUCAAGCUUGAGAUUUGUGUUGACAAAAGAUCAGCGUGGAAGUUAAAUUCGGGAGAAGACAAGUUGUACGAUAUUUUAGUGUUACACCUAAUAAACGGAAAAGAUAUAUUUAUAACAGUAACAGGUACUUACGAGCGUAGUUGUUUUGGUUGUUCAAUGGAAGCUUUAGUUCACAUUCCAAUUCCAAUUAGAGAAGUACCGAUUGGACGAAUAAUGGAGUUGGAAAAUAAUAAAAAUGUUUCACAGGAUCCUUAUUCAGUACCAAAAGAGAUUUGGUUACUAGUUGACAGACUCUAUCGACAUGGAAUAAAAACUCCGGGUCUCUUUGUAACACAAGGUCUACACAGUGAGAUACUAGCCAUUAGGGAUUGGCUAGACAUUGGUAGCCAAGAUCCAAUGCCUGGUAGCGUGCAUUCAGUGGCCGAAGCUCUACUUUUACUUUUAGACUCAACUUCGGAACCACUUGUUCCAUACAAUUUGCACAGCGUUUGUUUAACUGCUGCUACGAAUUACUUACAGUGUAAACAGCUUGUGAUGCAAUUGCCCGAAAUAAGGAGAACGGUAUUCUUGUACAUAUGUGCUUUUCUGCAAGAGCUUUUAAAUCACACGCAGGAUAACGGAUUGGAUGCUAAAACGCUGGCUUCGUUAUUUGGUUCCUUUUUUUUACGCGACCCACCGAGAAGUCGAGAGGACCGUAUUCAAAGAAGUAAAGUAAUUCAAGCGACAUUUGACAGGAAGAAGGCGGCUUUUGUGUAUCACUUUUUAGUAAAUGAUCAGAGCGACUUUAUUGGGCGAUGAGGAUCUGUAAAAUCACUGAAGAAAUAAUUUCUCAAUUAAAUAUUCCUUGUAAAACUAUUUUUUACAAUGGUCUUGCAAUUCUAAAUGUUAAUAAGAAAAACACGAAAGAUCUCAGUAGCCUAGAAAAUAUUUACGACUGCUUUUUUCCAUAGGCAUCUUAUAGAUUCUCCUCAUUUCAAGACAAUAUGCAUACCUAGUACAUAUAGUUUACAGUUGAGAUAGAGUGAGGUGUUUCCUGGAUUUGAAACUCGCUGAUGCUUGAAGAUUUUACUUUUCAUUGCAUUGAUGAGCUGUAUUUUUAUAUAGUUUUGUACUUGAUGAAAUGAAAAAAGAAACAAGGGGUAAUCAUGUUUUUUAAGUAAUUAUAGGAUAGUUGAAAGUUAUUGCGUUAAUUAGCUUGUUUGGAACGAGUUCAAACAAUUUCUGUUACAAGAAUACUCGAGUCAUACAUGCAUCAUUUUUAAUAAUUUAAAGAUUUUUAGGUAGUUAAUUGUAGCUAAUUAUUUAGCUAUUAAAAUAUUACACUCAUGUAUUAGUUAUGUUAAAAAACUAAAUGUAUUUACUGAGGAUCCUUUACACUUUAUUUUAAUACAAUGAGUAUAUCAAACUACGGAGCUUUUUUUAACAGAAAAUACCUAUAUGCAAUGAAUAAAAAAAAAUCACUUGCAAAAUUAGC